CCACAGCCAAGAGCAAAGAGAGAUGAGCGAAUCUCGUGGGGCCGUUCUGGCAAUGAUCAAUGCGAGAUAUCUGAGGGGGAACGACAUACCGGAAUGGAGUUGGAAUGAGAACAAGACGUUUGAAAACGCAAUAGCGGCAGCUGCGGCUGCUGUUGAUGCUGACAACAGUUUCUCCGACAUUGUUGGAGAAAUAUCUUCCAGAUUCUCCGGAAAGACCAAACAGCAGAUCCAGAUGCACCUCGAUGCGUUGAUUGAAGACAUCAGGACAAUAGAGCAUGGACUUAUCCCGCUACCUGAUUAUGGGGACAGUGGAAGCACGAUCAGACAGAACAGUGGCGAUAGAUGGAGGACAACCGCUGCUGCAAUCAAACACAAGCACCAUCGUAAGAAGGCGGUUCCAUGGACGAAAGAAGAGCAUGAGCAGUUUCUGAUAGGUCUGGAGAAGUACGGGAAAGGAGACUGGAGAAGUAUCUCAAGGCAGUGUGUGAUGACCAAAACGCCUAUUCAGAUAGCGAGCCAUGCCCAGAAGUAUUUUCUCCGCCUCAAACGAAAUUCUGCUACUAGGACUUCACAGAUUCGGUCAAACUCAAAUCUGAACUAGUCUUGAUGUUUUCUCUCAGAAUCAAUAAACUUUUGGGAGUUGGAAAAUUCAUAAUCCCCAAAAGACAUUUCUUGUUCCGGUUCAGAGGAACAGAAACCCGUGAUAUUUUGUACCCAAAGAAAACAUUUCACCACUCUGCGUUACAUCUUCACUCUUAGAAAUUCCUGUUUGCUGUUUUU